GCGCGCAGCAGCGGGGGUGGCACUUCCGGGAGGGAGCGAGCCGCGCCGGCGCUGCCCCUCUCCAAGAUGGCGGCGGCAACCUCGUCCCGUUCCCCUCGCUCCCUCCUGCGCAGGCUCCGCGGAGCCCCCUCCAAGAUGGCGAUUAUGUCAUAACUACAAGAGAAACAAGCAGUGAUGGAAUCACUGGAUACCGAGGUGAGAGCACGGAAGACUCUGGGGACUGUUGAAUAUGUAGAGUCUUCAGGCUUCACCCAGGGAAUACUGCCAACCAAGAAGGAUGUGGUUCAGAACAUGCUGUAUUUACUGCAGCCCAAAAGAGCUGGCCAGGCCCAGCGAUCCAAAGAGGAUGCCGCCCAGUUGCUUGCUGAGCACUUGCAAGAGCACUGGUUGGUUUGCAAUUUGCACACCAUCGCGACGCAAAACAUAAAGAAACUUAUCCUCAAAAUGUACGAGGAGUUUACCAGAUUGUAUCAGACCAGAAAGCAGAGACAGAACCAGGCUUUUACCGAGCGAGCAGACAAGUUCAACGAGAGUUCGGAGAAGCUCUUUGACGUAUUUUGUACAGAUGCACAGACAAGGAAUAAACUGGAGGAGUACACCGGGAUAAAGAUGACUAGCAUUGAGUGGAAAUUUCUAGAAGAUCAAAGAAGUGAAAGAAAAAUGUACUACGAAGAUUUCACAGACAAGCAAGAACUGAAGAUGAUGGAAAGAAGGCAAAAGAUACAAUGUCUGGAGCACUUCAGAAAACUCGCCAAGGAGGAGAAGGAAGGAAACAAAGUGAAGGAAAUGAAAUAUAAAAUUGACGAGCAAUCAGACGAAGGUACGAGCGUGGAUGAAUCCUACCCCACAGAGGAGGAGAACGGUGGGGCUCCAGCCUUUUCGCUGCGGGGCAGAAGGAAGCGCCGGUGCACCACGAGUCCUGCGAGCACCGCCAUGCCCCUGGAGUGCCAGCAUAUACGGAUGAGCAUCAGGAGAGUUAGGCCCGGGUUCUACGAGACUGUGGAGAAGGUCAAAAACUGCUAGUGCACGCCAUAGUCGACAGGUGGAGCUGCUGGAGUAUGAGGCGGCAAUGCACACGUUAGGCAAGUUUGAAACCCCAUUAUCGAUUGGAAGUGAUUGUUGCAGAUAUCCCCCAAGCCAGAGCUCAGGAACAUCCUGCCUCCGGGGAAGAGCACUGGGAUGACGCAACAGAGGCAAGGACUAAAUUGUGAAUUUGGAAGGAUAAGUAGUUGGCGGCUAGCAACGCAAAGGCUCAAACGUUGCUGACGAUCUAAGGUUACGCAACAUAUAAGCCUCUUCUUCCAAGGUCCUGCCUACAUCUGUGGGUUUUUGGAAGUCUCUCAGAAUUUCUGAGCCAGUGGUGGCCUAACAGUAUGAAACAGGACUUGGGUUUGCUGCAGGGAAAUAACUAGGACUUGUUGCUAAUAUAAAACUUGCCUGCUGAAAAGUGCUAUCUCCUCCUGCUGGUUUCAGUGGGAGUGAAAGGUGCUCGGCCCCUUUCGGCAGAAUGUGGCAUUUCUGCAAGGAAGGAGGCUGGGUUUCAGCUUGUGUCACCCAGUCCCGGAGCGGCGCCCUGUGGCUUUGUGAAGGGAUUGCCCUCUUGCUCGAGGAGGGGGAGAGAGAUAUCAGGAGACAUUUGAGUGCUUUGGCUGUAAAAACAUGGUUGAUUCUGAAUGUUUUAUUCCAGAUCCUAUUUUAACAGUGUUUCCUUGAUCAGGAUAAAACAUCCCAUAAUCAGAUGAGUUUUAACAUGAAGUCCCUAAUCUAGGAUCGGGGGUGUGAAUCCUAAAUGAAGUGGUAAUGUUUUAUAUUCCAGGAUAGGGUAGGAUAGGGGGAAGGACACAAAUUGAGUUAUUUAGUUUUAAGAUGGGAAAAGCUUUAUAAACUGUUAUGCUGCUUUCUUAGGCGAUAGGGAAGAAAAAGCCUGCCCAGGCGUGGGUGGCCGUGGUACUUACAGCAAAAAGCACCUGACUCUGGGCUUGCUUUUCCUCCCCCAGAGGCCCCUGUGCAGGCCAGCAGGGUGGAAAUGGUAGUUUUCCCCCCAGGGUCUGUUAGAACAAAGCGUAACCCUCUUGCCCAUGUACAUCCUGAGCAGUGACGUGUCCAUGACGUUAGGUACCCACAGCAUGGGGGUAUCUGCCGUCUGUAGUUAGAAUCGCUUCACUGGUUUUUAAACAGGAGAGACUUGAACUUUCAGUGAAACACAGUGCUGGAGGCCUCUCUGGUGAGAUUCCCAAACCUCGCCAGACUACGCUGAAAAUUAAAAACCCCGAGUCUCUUUGUCCACAGAAGUUCUCUGGUAGAAAGAGCACAAACUUGCCUGGUUUUCAGAUUUACCUAUCAGUGUGAAUGUUGGUUCCCCACUCCAGUAUCUCAGCUUUUCCCCAUUUCUUUCCUCUCCGUCCUGCACAUCAUUUUACUGACAUUAACUUGUGCUGUUUCAUUCUUUGGCUUUUGCUCCCUUUAACAAUAAAUGCAUGUACGAAUAAUUUUGACAGUUCCUUUACUUUUAACGAAUCAGUUCUUGGACUGCUUUGAAGUCCUAUGCCAAAGGAGGAAUGAAACACAAAUUAGCUGCUGGCCCAAGUGGGACGUGGCAGAGCGAGUGCAGGAGGUGGCGGCAGCCCCGGCGGUGCCGCUUGAGCCAGCUCUGGUGUACCUCCACUCCGUCCCUCUGCCUGCAGAUGGAUCUGCCCAGCUCUGAGCCAUGCGUCACCUUCCUAGCGACCCAGUAAUGGCUGGGAUCCUUAUUCCAUGUGCCUGAGAAGUUCUUCAUGGUAAGUUGCUCCAAAAUAUUUAGUGAACUCGGUGUAUUCUGCAUCACUUGUAGUGUCGUUACAGGUUUAAUAGCACGUAUCCACCUUCUGCCAUGCCCUUCGGCCUCCGCUGCUUGAGAGUUCGCGGCCCUUUCUCUCCUCUCUCUGACGUGCUUCACUGACUUCCCUGUGCAAAUUAUGUCACGUUUAAACUAUUUGCCUUCCAGCCCUGAGGUGCUGGACUCGAGCCUCUCAUGGGGCUUUUACACCAGCAGCUCUGUUUCAGCAGGGAAUAUAGCCAAGCUUGGACCUCGCCAAAGUAAAAUUUUUUUAAAAUAACUGCUGUAAAAUCCCCCUUUGUAUUGCAAAUAUUACUGAUGGUAUAAAUGCUCGUGUGUCAUGCAAAUCCACCAGGGUCGACUCGAAUAUGGAACACAGCUGUACAGUGCUUUACAAUUUUCAGGGAUUCAGGGAAUUUAAGGUUGUCGAAUCUGACUUCCUGUAUACCACAGGGAAUUACAUUUCACUUAGAAGCCCCACACUCAGCCUACCAGUUUCAGUUUAACUGGCGUGUCUUACAGGAAGUCGAGCUGAAGACGUCGGAAGUCUGCUGUCUUCCUCACUUAUACGCUUGAUGGUUUGUCACCUUUGCUGU